AUGAUUUUAGGGGAAGAUGAGGAGGAAGACCCUGGAGAAACCAAGGAGGAGUUGGAGAACGAGCGAUUAGAAUUAUCAUUGCUCUCUGUAGGAGGGAUGACUCAACCGAGAACCAUGAAACUUCAAGGGAGCUUGGGGGACAGGAUGGUGUUGAUCAUGGUUGACAGUGGUACCAGCCACAACUUUAUAUCAAAGGCGUUGGUUGAGGAGCUCCAACUGGAGGUGAACAAAGGUCAGACGCAUCCAGUUUUCUUGGGUGAUGGACAGCGAAAACAAACACAAGGAUGCUGCCAAGGGGUAGUGUUACAACUGGGUGGAGUUGAGAUUGAAGAGCAGUAUCACGUGUUUGAAUUAGGAGGUGUCGACGUGAUUCUGGGAGUAGAUUGGCUGGCAAAGUUGGGAGAAGUAGUGAUCAAUUGGGGCAAGCUAACCAUGUCCUUUAAACAGGGAGGAAGGGAAGUAAUAAUUAGAGGAGAUCCAACAUUAGCACAGGAAGUGAUAGCCCCUGCAGCCAUGCUCAAGAUAACUGAAGUUGAGACCGUGGCAGUAAUGUGGGGAUUAAGACAGUUGGAUGUGGCUGGAAGAGGAGAAAAGGAAUAG